AUGGAUAGUAGAAAUGCAAUACAUGAACUUGAAGAACAUCAUAAAUUAAUAGUUGAUUCAACUUCUAUUGCUGUUCCUCAACCUGAUGAUUCACAACAACGUAAAGCUUAUUUUUAUUCGAAAAGUGCAACAAAUUAUGCAUUUAAAAUACAAAUAGCUUGUGACUUUAAUCAUCGAAUAGUGCAUGUUUCCGAAUGUUAUCAUGGAAGUGUACACGAUAUUACAAUUCUAAGAGAGUCAGGACUAUUAGAACACGUGAACGACUCUGUGCAAAUUAUUGCUGAUAAAGCAUAUAUUGGAGAAGAAUAUGUCAUCACUGUAAAGAAGAAACCUCAUAGAGACGAAUUAACAACUGAAGAAAAAAACGUUAACCAUGACAUCAAUAGUGCAAGAGCAGCUAUCGAAAAUAUCAAUCAACGUAUCAAAACUUAUGCUAUUCUUGGUAGUGUUUACAGAGGAGCUAUUGAUGAUUUUGAUAAAAUUACCAAGAUCUCACAGGUUGUUUGUGCUUUAUGUAAUCUAAACUUAAUUAAACAUUCUAUUCGCAAAUAG